CUGUUCUUCAUCAUUAAAUCUGAUCUGAAAAUAUGGGAUAAUGUAGUCAAAAGUAAUCGCUUGACUGAUCAGCUGUGUUUUCCCCUGGGUGAGGAAACCAUGUUAGCAACAGAAAAGGCUGCAGACCGAAAAUUAAACCAAAUGCAAAAGAUGCGUGCUCUUAUCAGUUAUCGUGAGGCAAAAUAUCGAUACGCGGCUAAAAUAAAGUCAAAGCGUUAUCAUCGCAUCCUCAAGCGACAAAAGCGAAAACAGCUAAUCAAGGAGUUUGAUGAGUUAUUAAUUCGUGAUCCUGAAGCAGCGAAAGAGAAGCUAAAAGAACUUGAAAAUCAAAGAAUAAUCGAACGUGCAUCUUUGAAACAUCGCGCUCGAACGAAAUUCCAACAGGACGUGGUGAAGUACGCCGGACGUGACGCUCCGCUAGAGGAAGGAAUAACUCGAUUUUCUUUCUUUAUUCCGUCGUUAAGCAGCGUUCUGAGCUUAUUUCUUCAGAAGUUUAGUGCUACAGAAAAUAAGUUUUCAGUCGUUAGUGGUUUCAAAUUAAAAGGUAGCUUUAUAGAUCAGGCCCACAUCGUUGCGGAGGCAUUCAAAGACGACGAUGUUAUUGGUGAUUUUGAGGAGGACAAAGAAUUUGUAAAGGGUGAACGACCUAAGGACGUCGACCUUACUUUACCAGGAUGGGGUUGUUGGGUUGGUCCCGGUAUUACGGAACGUAAGCGAAGAAAGCGAUUCAUUAUAAAAGCGAAACAAAAGAGAAGGAACGACCAAGGGAAACCCGGUGUGAUAAUCAAGGAAUUAGAAGAACCAAGUAUUAGUCGACUUCAACCGACUGAGUUACCAUUCCCGUACACAAGUGUGGUCGACUUUGAGACAAUGGUUUCGCAGCCAAUUGGAAAAGAUUGGAAUACAAUCGGAACCACUCAUGAGCUGUGCAAGCCAGCAGUUGUAACUCAGGGUGGCCGACCAAUACGACCAAUAAAUAAAACUGACAUCAUUGCUGGAAAAUUGUCUCUUGAAUGA